CCAUUUUCAAGUGUUUCCCCAAGUUUCUCUCACUUCCACACACACACCUCUCUCUCUCACACACACACACACUAAAAUAACCAAAAAUCUCCUGCAAAAUGCCAACCAUUUUAUUAAGAAUCUUCCUCCUCUACAAACUCCUCAACACCAUUUUCUUGUACUUGGUUCCCAAGAAGUUGAGGACAUUUCUCCCUCCUUCUUGGUACCCAUAUCUCCAUCAACAAGAACAACAAAAACAACAGAAACAUAAUAAUACUAAUACAAUAAACGAGCCCGCGUCACCCUCGUCCUCUCCCGUGAUUUCACCACUCCAUAAAUUCCCCCGUAGAAUGGACGCCGACGAGCUCCGAAGGGUAUUCCAAAUGUUCGAUCGCAACGGGGACGGAAGAAUCACGCAGAAGGAGCUCAGCGACUCGUUGGAGAACAUGGGAAUCUUCAUCCCCGACAAGGAGCUGAGCCAGAUGAUAGACAAGAUCGACGUGAACGGGGACGGGUGCGUGGACAUCGAGGAGUUCGGCAACUUGUACCAGAACAUAAUGGACGAGAGGGACGAGGAGGAAGACAUGAGGGAGGCGUUCAACGUGUUCGACCAGAACGGCGAUGGGUUCAUAACGGUCGACGAGCUGAAAGCCGUAUUGGCGUCUCUCGGGCUCAAGCAAGGCAGGGCCGUCGAGGACUGCAAGAAGAUGAUUAUGAGGGUAGAUGCCGAUGGGGACGGUAUGGUCAAUUUCACCGAGUUCAAGCAGAUGAUGAGAGGUGGCGGAUUCGCUGCGUUAGGCAAUUGAUUCCUUUCUCUCUCCUCUCUCAAUCUCUCUCUCUCUCUACUAUUUCAUUUUCUUUCCCAGCAGCAGGGCAGUUUUUCCUAGGCUACUACAGUUUGUAUAUAAACAUUCCCUUCGUUUCUUUUUUCU